GUUCGAUUUAAAUCUGGUCACACUGGUCUAACUACUAAUAGUCUGUGUUUUGAUUACAAAUUACAAUUUUUCAGUUUGAAAAUACGGUGCUUUUUAUUAGUAUCUGAAAUGAACGAUGAAAUUCUACCUAAACUAAUAACUUGCAAACCUUUAAAAGAUGAAUUCAAUCAUUUGAAUGAGAUUCAUCUAAGCUCUAACGAAUUUUCAGUUGGACGUGCUACACAAAAUGAGGCAAUUAUACCUUUUCUAUCAAUAUCACGGAACCAUUGCAUAUUUAAGAAAACUAACGACAACGAUUGGACCAUCGAAGACAGAAGUACAUUUGGUAUUGAAAUUAAUGGAACAAAACUUGGCAAAGGCAAAAGCAAAAGAUUAUACCAUCAAGACAUUAUUAACCUGGAACCCUCUGGAGAAUUUUUAUACAGAUAUAUUCAUUCUAAUGAUGAUUUUGAGACACCGAGGAAACGUUUUAAGAUUGAAAAAUCCCAAAACACGUCUGAUGGUGACAUCGCAUAUGAUGUGAAAGUAAAAUUUGAAGCGUCCCAGAAAUAUGAGAUUGAGCAUAUAGAAGACAAAAUACAGAAUGCUAAACAAAUGCAAACAACAUCAUUGAUAUUAAAACAACAAUUAGAACUGGAUAUGGAUAGACAGAUACAACAGUUGAAAAAUGAUUACGCAUCACAAAUAGAAAACUUACAGGGAGAAAAGGAUGAAGUUGAAAAACAAAAGGUUUUUCUCAUUGAACAAAGGGAUGCAGAAUUAACAGCUGUUAGAAAAGACAUGGAAGGCAAAAUAUCUGAACUAAUGGAUCAAAUACAAAGACAUAAUGAAACCGAAGCCGAAUUAAUGACCGAGAACAGUUUAUUAAAAGAAAAAUUAUUAAAAGAAAGGGAAGAAUUUAUUUGUGAACUAAACCGAGAGAGUUCUUCGAAACAAGAUAUGCUCAUGAAACUAGAAACUAAAAUCAAGGAACAGGAGGAAAUAAGAUAUAAAGAAAAAAUAGAGUUAGAACAAAUGCUUAAAAAAGAAACAGAACAGUUAAGGAUAGCAAAAGAAAAGGAACUAAAAGAACUUGAAGAGCAAAAAUUAAAAAGGGAAAGGGAACUAGAACAAGAAUUGGUUAACAUUAAACAGAACUUACAAGAACAAGUCAAACAGACUGAAGAACAAAGAAUCAAAGCUCUACAAGAUCUAAAUAGACAAAAAGAAGAGAUGAAAAAACUAAGUGAAGGGGAAAAAGCAAAAAUGGAACAACUUAUCCAAGAGAGGGAAGAAAUCCAAUUAAAGUUACAAGAGGCACAAACAGCAGCUGAGAAAUCUCUAGCCGAUCUACAGAUUCGAGUACAAACAAGAGAGAUUGAAUUGGCUGCUUUAGCGGCGGAAAGAAUACAACAACAAGCAGAUCACUCGAGUGAAGUCAUAAAAAACUUGCAAAAUCAACUGGAAAUGGUAAAGAAUCAACUACAGAGCGUUGAAACAGAGAAAAAGAAACACUUAAACAAUUCUGAUUCUGAACCAAUUCGUGAAGGCUCAUCAACACAAACAUUCAACGAAGUGGGUGAAGUCAUGGAAAGUGAAUUACAAUGCAGUAUAUGUGCCGAAUUAUUUGUAAAAGCCACUACACUGAACUGCUCUCACACUUUCUGUUUGUAUUGUAUAUCGAUGUGGAAAAAGAAGAAAAAAGAUUGUCCAAUCUGCAGGACUUCAAUAUCUACUGAAUGCAAAAGUUUAGUUUUAGAUACAUUUAUUGAAAGGAUGGUACAGAAACUUCCAGAAGAAACGAAGUUGAAAAGAAAAGAACUACUUAAAUCUAGACAAGAGCUCGAGUCUGAAGCGGACCGAUCGAACAUUAGUGAAACCGAUGACCGAAGAAAUGUCAGCUUUAACAGCUCCGAAACGUCAGACUCCGAAAUCUUCGAGGAGGAGGAGGAGGAGGAAUACAAUGAUUACGAAUCCGACGAUGAUAAUUCCGGAAGAAUCUGGGUCCAAUCGUCCGAUUCCGACGAUAGAUUUGACGAUGAUUUCAACUUCUUCGACAAUGCUUCCGAAUUCAGUGACAGCGACAGCGACUUCACCCUCUCGUGUGGGUCCGGUAUUACAAAAUCAUUCUUAAUAUUUCAGUACAUUUAUAACACACUCUGUAUACUCGUUCACACACACACACACACAGAAGAAUGGCUCAAUUUCAAGAUGUUCGAACUCAGCCAGAAAGAUAGAAUGUUGUUUUUUGUAAUGGACAAUACUUUGAAUCAUAUUCAUUUGUAAGAUUUUGUCAGAAAAACGUUACAUAUCUAUUUAAAAAAAAAAACAACGAAAACAUUUGCGGACCUUAUGAACAAAAAAUACUUCUUUAAAAAGAGGUCAAAUUCAAACUCACCUUAGGUGAACUCAUCGAAACUAAAAAAACCACUCAAUAUUCUCUUUAUUCGUUCGUAUUCAAGAAAUCGCUCCUUGUUCCUUGUCCUCCCUUGUGCUCAAGCCCUAUAAACUUUUAUCUAUAUAUUAAUACGUGAAGCAAAAACUUUGUAUUGUCUGUACCCUUUUUUACGAAAAUUGCGCGGACGGAGGAGUAUGAAAUUUCUCACACUUAUAGAGAACUAGCCGACCCGGCAGACUUCGUAGUGCCUCAAUCGAUAAAUAAAAGACCUACUUUUGUAUAAAAUAAACUUAAAACAAACAAACGAAAUCCGUCCGACGGAGGACACAUCAAAGAAAAAACAAAAUUGUUAUUUUUAUUUAAUUCCAAGCAUUUUCAUAUUUAUCUACCUUUUAAACCUUCUCUGGACUUAUACAAAUAAUAAAAGACCAAAAUUAGCCAAAUCGGUCUAGCCGUUCUCGAGUUUUAGCGAGACUAACGAACAGCAAUUCAUUUUUACAUAAUAUAUUGACAUCAUUCAAGUAAUUGACGUAAUUACGAUACGAUAUUUAAGUGAGUUUUGUGGGUACGUAUUUCAUGAAUUCUCAAUAUAUCGCAGCUAAAAAGACCUAUGCAUUCUUCCGAAACCAGAACUGCUGCUCAUUAGCUGGCUUCUGUCAUAAUACAUUGUGUGCGAUUUAAUAAUAUCACACAGUAUUAAGAAAAUUAUGAGUUAUGAUUAUAUUAUAUUAUCAGCUAUGAGAAGCACGAAGUCGAGCCCUACUAUCGCGGCGCUGUUCACGUGCAAUUUCUUGUUCUUCUUCAGUCCUUUCAUUUGCAGUAUUUCGUAUUCUUCUUGCAUCACGGCUUUGUCGGGAAAGAUUCGAUCGUCUUGGUCGCGGCAUUAUUAAUUAAACUUCACUUCACCUAAAAACUUAAAUUUUCAACCAUACCGAGUUUUAUAGUUCACUUCACUGUUUAUACGAAUGGGCAAUUGGGCAAUAAUGUGAAUUAUUUAUUUAAUAGAAAUAGUUUUAUUAUUGAUUUCUUACAAAUAUCAAAUUGUCAUCCAUACGUCAUUACAUACGUCAAUUUUGUUAUUCCAAGUCUGAUUCUUUUUUGUUAUACCACGUUUUAUAGUGACUUUUUUUAUAUAUAUAACGGGAUAAAAAGUAUCCUAUGUCCUUCUCCUGGCUCUAAACUACCUCCCUGCCAAUUUUCAGCUAAAUCGGUUCAGCCGUUCUUGAGUUAUAAGUGAAGUAACUAACACGACUUUCUUUUAUAUAUAUAGAUAUAGAGAAGGAGUGCACAAUGCUAAUAUUUUUUUUAAAUAAUGCAUAAAAGAUACUUUAAAUCAAUAAAGAAAACAUUAAACACACUACCAUGUAUUUGACACAACACAUACAUAAAAAUAUACUCUUUGUUUACUGUCAAUUGGCAAACUUUUGUUAUUGUUUAAAGUCUGUGGUCGAAUUGAAAAUGGAUUAAUAUUGUUUGUCUUUAAUAUUAUUGAUCUAUAGUGCAGUUUUGGCAAAUACUGUGAUUAUAUUAUCAAAAUAUAAUAGUGUUUGACAAUAGAACGAUAAUAAUGUUUAAACUUAUAAUUUCAAUUACCCAAUUAUAGUCGAAUCCCAACUAUUGCGAGGCCACUAGUAUAGUUUAAUACAUAACCGAUGUUUUAUUGUCGCGUAGAGACUGGAAACGAUAGUGAUGGUGUCAGGCGGCUCGGCGUUGUCGCAGGUCGUCCAGGGUCCUACUACGGUGGCUAUGGAAGAUGUUACAAAUGCGGUUGCAGGGGACAUUGGCUUCCCGGCUGCCCGUUCUAGUCUCCGACAUCCUCCGGCUCCCAAUAUGUAACACACAUGACAAUUUCGCCACGUGCAGAGCCAAAAGGUCGAGUUCGUUUACACCAGUUCGUUUAUUUACACCUUUCCGUGUGAACUGAUUGAAAAUCAACAUAGUGGUUCUGAUUUGUGGUGAAUAUAUCACCUUUUUAGCCAAACUUUUUUUUUUAUUGCCUAGAUGGGUGGAUGAGCUCACAGCCCACAUGGUAUUAAGUGAUUACUGGAGCCCAUAGACAUCUACAACAUAAAUGCGCCACCCAUCUUGAGAUAUAAAUUCUAAGGUCUCAAGUAUAGUUACAACGGCUGCCCCACCCUUCAAACCGAAACGCAUUACUGCUUCACGGUAGAAAUAGGCAGGGUGGUAGUACCUACCCGCGCGGAAUCACAAGAGGUUCUACCACCAGUAACUAUUAUUUAUUAAUUGUGAUGUUUUGUAACCUACAACAAAAUGAAUGAACUACUCAAAAAUAUUUUUGGUUUAAUAAAAUGUAUACGAGACCUCUUAGUUCUGAUGCUGACUUAUUUAGAAUACAAUAAAAAUAUAUAGCAACUGAUCUGUGUUUCAAACUUAUAUUUUCAAUGAUUUGUCAAUUUUUUUAUAAUCAAUUUUGUUGAUUUGUAUCUGUUUUUAGCUGAUGAAAAAGAGCACUACGGGGCCACAUUUGUAAAUAAUAUGUUAUACUAAUGUAACAUGAUGAUAAAAAUAUAACAAUAGUUUUUAAAGUACGCUUAAAAAUACAUAUUUGAAUAAUA